AUGCACAAGUUUAGGAGUGCGAAGGGGAAAAAAGGUUUUAUAGCAUGGAAUAUUGACUUAUCUAAAUCUUAUGACAUAUUGAAUUGGCAGUUUAUUGAGUUUGUGCUCAAAGAGGUUGGGUUGCCUCAUUCGAUUGUCCAAUUAAUUAUGCAUUGUGUUUCCUUUGUUAAUAUCAGAAGAAAGAAGUGGAAGCCAAUCAAAUCGUGCCAGUCUGGUCUUAUGGUCUCACACUUAUGUUUUGCAGAUGAUUUGGUUCUUUUUGCUAAGGCUACCUCCCAACAAGCUAAGACUGUAAACUUUGAUAAAUCUGUCGUUCUUUGCUCUCCUAAUACUUGUAUGGAGGUGGCUAAGGAAAUCAGUUUCAUAUGUGGUUCUCCUCUUACUGAGAACUUGGGGAAGUAUUUGGGGAUGCCUAUGCUUCAUUCAAGGAUCACUCAGACUACCUAUGGUGGGCUGGUGGAUAAAGUUCAUAGUAGGUUGGCUUCUUGGAAAAGCAAGUUGUUGUCCUUGGCAGGGAGAUCUACUUCAAUCCAAGCCGUGGCCUCUACGAUUCCUAUCUACACUAUGUAG